AUGGAAGAAAAAAUUAAUACCUGUUUCUCCUUUGAUAUGCUUGAUAUAAUGAUUAGUAAUGGUAGUUAUAGAAAAGAAAAUAAAAGAUUAAUAUGGUAUGAAAACAAAAGUAAUGAUAUACCAAAAAGUACCAAAGAUCAAUCAUUAUAUAAUACAUUUGACAAUAGUGAAAAAAUAAAACAGCAUAAAGGUAAAAACGCGUCAACUCAAAAUAGAAAAAAAGAAAGCUUAAAUAUAUCCGAGAAAUCUAAUAUAGAUAAUGAAUUUUUGAAGGAUAUAGAUAAAAAUAUUUACAACAAUAUAGAUAGUAUUAUGGAUAAUGAAAUGAAUGAACCUGUAGAUACUGAUUUAAGCACAUUUUUAAAUUUAGUAACAAACGCGAAAAGAAAAGGAAAAGAAUCACACCGUAAAAUUAAUGAUACUAAAAAAAAUUCACCAUUAAAAGUUCAAAAAGGAAAAAAAAAAAAAAUAAUAAAUAAUAAUAAUGAUAGUAAUAAAAAAAGAAAAAAUGAUCAAACAUCAAGUUAUGAAAUAUCAGAAAAUGGAGAUCUUUUAGACAUGUUUUCGUUACAUGAUGAGGAAUUUGAAGAUAAUUUUUCUGAAAAAAAUGAUAACACCAAUGUUGAAAAUAAUUAUAUUGAUGAUAUUGAAUAUGCAAUGUGUAAUGAAAAUGGAAUAGUGUGCAAUAAUAUUAACAACAGUUAUGAAAAUAUAAAUGAAUAUAAUUUAUUGUCCGAAGGAAGGAUAUCAAAUUGUGAUAAUUAUGAAAAAAAUGAAAUAAAAGAACAUAUAUCAUCAAGUAAUAAAAUAAAUAUAAAAAAAAAUGAAGAAAUAAAUAUAAAUGACAAAUUAGAAGAUAUAGAUCGAUUUGAUAAAUAUUUAUUCGAACCAAGUUGUAUAGGAUGUUCUAAUUGUAAUUACUAUUUAAAAGAACUUACUUCGAAAAAUUAUAUAAAAUUUUGUUCUAUGGGUGAGUAUAUAAAUGAAGGUGAAAAUAAUUUACUUUUUUUAAAAAAUAAACAAAUACAGGAGUUAGAAAAUGUAAAUAAAAAAAUUACAAAACAAAUGGAACUAUUUAAAGAAGAAAAUAUAAAUUUAAAUAAAAAAUUAGCCGAUUUUAAAUUCGAAUUUAUUGAAAUAAAUAAAAAAAUUAAUAUGUUAAUAAACCAAAACAAGUUAUUGCAAGAUAUAAAUAACGAUUUAACUAAAAAUCUUCAAAAAGAAAAACAAAAAAAAAAUUCACAAUCUAAUAAUUAUUCAAUGGGCAAAAAAAAAGUGUCUGAAAAAGAUUUUGAAAAUUCGAUAGACAAAGAAUUAUUUAACUAA